AUGUCCCUCGCCUGCAUUUCCGUCAGACCUUUGGUGAUCAGCCAUGUAUCCCAUUCAGAGAAGAGAAGAACAUUGCCUCCUAUGAGUGGUAAUCAUCCGAAGCUGGGCACACUCAGGCGAUGUACAUCAUUGGAAUGGGUCUAUGACACUGAUGCACCAUCUGAUGGCUCGAUCGACGAAGGCCGUUUGGUGAUUCGAGUUGGGGAUGAUGUCUCCAUAUUUCCACUUGAUGAACGUGCAGUACCGUCGAAUGACGGAAGCCUCCCUACGAUGUCAUAUUGGACGUGUGGCUUGACAUACAGUGGUACUACAGGCGGGUUGACUUGGAGGAUCAAGAUGUGGACCUUGCAGCUUGCAGUAGGUGACUAUGAACUUGUGUUGAGCGAUCACAAGUCUGUCGUGGAUAUGCAUUGCGUCGAAGAUAUUGUUCGGUAUGAUGAGGGCGAUCUAUCCCAACCUCAAAUACCGACUGCGACCCUAUACCACCGGUGGAAUAUAUCCAUGAAAUUCACAACGCACAGGAAUGUCCUGCAGCUGCAGGAAGUCAAUAUCGAGAAUUCACAGGUAUCCACGAACUGCAGUUGCAACUCAUGCGAUAUCGCAUUCUCGUCCCCAAUCACCUGCAACGAUACUGCAGGUCUUGUUGCAGGUGGUUCAAUGAGGCUUGCGAUGAAGCUCGGUAAACUUCCUGAUGGAUGGAUGGACGACCUUCAGCCGACAGUGGACACAUCUGCUAACGAGAUUAUUCGACGAUACUCCUGCCCCACAGUGCAAAGGGGAUGGUAA